GUUUUUGAAUGCGUGACAUUUCGACUUAGAAAUGUUUUCGGAUGUUUUUCACCGCACCAGAAAUUAAUAACUAUAAACUUCACUAAACGUAAAGACUGAAAGAAAUUUUGUGCUAUUCAUUAGGAAACAAUACUAGCCUUCUAUCCAUAAGCUUUUAAUACAUUUUCAAUAUGCCACCGCCUCCAAAAGGAAAAGCGCCUACAAAAGGUGCGAAACAAAUAGUGGAAGAAAAUCUAGCUACAAUAAAGUUUUAUAGGAACAUGUCGUUGGCAGCGGCUGCCAUAUACAGCACUGUCACACUCGCCUUGUUCUAUGACAGCCUCACCGCUUGGUAUAUUUCUCUAAAUGUGCUGGUGUUUGCGAUAUACGGGGGGUGCUACCAGAUCAUGAAAUACAUUAGUAAAGCAACAUACACCGACUCCAACCAGCUGCUGGACUCCGGACUCGACCUCAACAUGGAGGGGGGAAUGGGGGAGCACGUAAAAGACAUAGUGAUCCUAAUAUCAAUAACGCACGUCCUCGCCGUCGUGUCCAACUACUUCUGGCUAUUACUGCUGUUGCUGCCACUUAGGGCAGUCUGGCUGCUGUGGACCAACAUCCUCGGCCCGUGGUUCUUCCAGGAGGCCCCGCAGGAGACGGAACAGGACGAGAAGAAAAAGAAGAAGAUGGAACGCAAGAUGAAACGGUAUCAGCAAUAACAUUGGAAACAAGGUGUCGAGGUAUUUGUUCAGUUGCUAUGUAUUUUAAGUGAAAUCAAUGUAUUUAUGAACUAGCGACGGCUGCUGUACCCAUAGUACCCAACCCAUAAGCAUUUUGGUAAUUCAUCUGAAAAAAACUAAUAGCAGUUGUUUGCCUAGACUAGAUAGUUAAAUUGAUUUGUUUGUACCUAUAGGUAAUGGUAAUAGUAUAUGAACUGAAGUCUUUCCUUUUGGAAAGCAUUACACUCGGUUUUAUUUGACAAAAGGUUUACAAAUGUGGUACAAAUCCAUUUAUUACAGCUCCUGCUUUACUUUGAAUCUUCGAAGUGAAAUGAGUUAAUUAUUUAUCUUGGUGUGCAAACAAAAUAUUAUUAUAUUUAUUGGUUUAUUGGGGUUGGUUAAAAUAAGGAUUGUUUUUUGUACAUAAUUAGUUAUGUUGUGGUUUAAAACUAUUUAAUUUAAAAAUAGACUAUUUGUCAAUUUAUGUAAAAGUCAGUAAAUUAAAGACAAUUUGCAUUUUUGAAAA